AUGCGGGCGGCUGCAUCCUGGAUAACCCAUCAUUCAACUGCUUCUAUUGAAGCUAAAAUUGCCCAAUACAAGCAAGAAAAUGCUGAACAGACAACUCUUUCUCAAGCUCGCAAGGCAGAGGAGUUAGCAGCAGCUUUACAAGAAAGCAAAGGAGGAGCAGCUGUCAUGCAGAGUGAUGCAAAUGUUGGGCUCAGGAAUCAGAGUUCUCAAGUUGACAAUGGGGAAAUGAUGAGGCUCAGAGCAGCGAGAGAUGGAAGGGCCGGAGGGUGGAGUAUACAACUAAGCAGGAAAAGGGCACUUGAGGAAGCCUUCAGCAGCAUUUGGGUAUGA